CUCGGCUUGCCCCGGGGGGCCGGAGCGGGUGCGGAGCGGCGGCGGAGAACGGCAUGGGGCGGGUGCAGCUCUUGGAGAUCUGCCUGAGCCACGGCCGGGCCGUCUACGGCCCUGGGGAGCCGCUGAGCGGGGCGGUGCGCGUGCGCCUGGCCGCGCCGCUGGCCUUCCGAGCCAUCCGGGUGACCUGCACGGGUUCCUGCGGGGUCUCCAGCAAGGCCAACGAUGCCGCCUGGGUGGCGGAGGAGAGCUACUUCCACAGCUCUCUGUCCCUGGCUGAGAAGGGGACUCUGCCUGCUGGAGAGCACAGCUUCCCCUUUCACUUCCUGCUUCCUGCCACAGCACCCACGUCCUUCGAGGGUCCUUUUGGGAGGAUUAUGCACCAGGUGAGGGCCACCAUUGAGACACCCCGCUUUUCCAAGGACCACAAGUGUAGCCGCGUGUUCUACAUCCUGAGCCCGCUGGACCUCAACAGCAUCCCGGACAUCGAGCAACCCAAUGUGGCCUCCACCACCAAGAAGUUCUCCUAUAAGCUGGUGAAGACGGGCUGUGUGGUGCUCACGGCCAGCACGGACCUCCGCGGCUACGUGGUGGGGCAGGUGCUGCGGCUGCAGGCUGACAUUGAGAACCAAUCGGGCAAGGAUACCAGCCCCGUGGUGGCCAGCCUGCUGCAGAAGGUGUCCUACAAGGCUAAGCGCUGGGUCUACGAUGUGCGGACCAUCGCCGAGGUGGAGGGGGCCGCUGUCAAGGCCUGGAGGCGGGCACAGUGGCACGAGCAGAUCCUGGUGCCUGCCCUGCCCCAGUCGGCCCUGCCGGGCUGCAGCCUCAUCCAUAUCGACUACUACCUGCAGGUCUCCCUCAGGUCCCCUGAAGCUACUGUGACACUCCCAGUCUUUGUGGGCAACGUUGCUGUGCACCCCGGCAUGCUGAGCCCCCAGCCGGGCCCAGGGCUGAGUCCCAUGGCUUCACGUCCUGUGGUGCCCUCGGCACCGCCCCAGGAGGAGGCUGAGGCCACGGCUGGCGGCCUCCCCUUCCCAGACCCAAUCUUCCUCUCCACACAGAGUCAUUCCCAACAGCAGGCAGCAGCAGCCCAGGGCUCUGAGCUCCAGGACGGCAGCCCUGUGCCCCGGGCCCCGCCCCUGUGCCUCUCUACUGGAGCCACUGUCCCCUACUUCGCAGAAGGCUCUGGGGAGGCAGUGGCCACCGCCUGCUCCGUGAGCCUCCCGCCAGAGUAUAGCUCAUGGGGCUACCCCUGUGAGGCCCCACCGUCCUAUGAGCAGAGCUGUGCUGCCAAUGCUAAUGGCAGCCUGACCCCUGGGACCUGACCUCCACGCUGCCUCUCCCUGCCUCCUGACCCUGAGAGCUAAACUUCAACCUCCAUGCUGCCUCUCCUGGCCUCCUGGUCUCCAUCUGUGCCUUCCUCGCCCUCUGCCCAGCCAACAGAGCACACCUCCUGGCAGUGCUGUGGACACAGGGACCCAGAUGCCAAGUGACUGGGAAUAAAGUACUUGCCCGCGGCGCUGGGCCGAGGACAUCCUCCUGUGCCCAUCAGGUUCAGGAGCCGCAGGGGCUCCCCUCCCUUGGCCUGCAUGGUGCACCCUGCCUCCCACAAUGCCUGGGCUGCUGCCAUUGCCCCUGGUGCACUCCCCCACCAGGGGGCAGGGGUUGUGCAGGUGCCUGCUUGCCACCUGGGAAUUCUCUGCCACCAUAACCCUGCGUUCCAGAGGGAGGGGCCCCGUCCGGAAUGUGAGGGUGGAAGAACCCAGAAGCCGGUUCUGUGGAGCCGGCACCCUGCUGUCGCCGAAAGCACCUGGCAUGAUGAAGAGGGGCUCGGCCCCCAGGGAGUCUGGCCGCUUUACCUGCAGGCUGUGGGAGAGGGGUGUGUUCCAUCCUUCCCACGGGCCCACAGGGUUCAUUUCCUGGACAAUCCGGAAGGGUGGAGCCGGGCACUGGCCACUCCCACCUUGGUCAGGGCAGGUAAUCACCUGGGUAAUCACACCUCUGGCCAUCCAGGUGUCCAGCUCAGUCAGCUGCGUGUGUGGCAAGGUGGCCACCGCUGGACUAACCUGGGAGACCCCUGCUGGAAGGAACCCCAUCUUGGUGGAGAUGGACAAGGCAGGUUGCUCACAGGUGACAGAGCUGAGGGCAGUGGCAGACAAAGCAAGGGUUGUGUGUGGGAGGCUGUGCUCACUGUAGUACCAGGGCUGCCUGAGGCCCGGGUCACAGCGGUGAGGACCAAACCAAAGAACCAGCCGCCCACCCGAGUGCUCCUCAG